GCCCACUACGAAUGAUAUACACAGUUACAGGAGAACGCCCCGGUGUACAUCUAAAAUGGCGCCAGUUUCACAAGUGAUCCUUAAUUCUCUUACCAUUAUUUGCUUGAUUUCAGUGCCACUUUCUACCGGAAAAGCCAAACACCAGUUGAAACAUGAAAUCGCCGACGUUAAAAAGGUGUUUGAUAAUUUUGACAGCGUCGUCGCCAUCUUUGAUAUAGACAAGGACGGGGAUCUUGAUUGUUUGAGUGGUGCACGCACAUACUACGACAAGCAUUCGUCAACCGCUACCUACGUCUGGUUUCUUAAAGGUUUAAAUGGCCACAAA